CGCGUUCGGCGACCAAUCAGAGCCGUGCUCUGCGGCGGGAACGCGUCAGUUCCGGCGGAAGCGGAAGCAGCCGCGGAAGCGCCGGUGGCGGCGGGAGGAUGUUUUACCACAUCUCCCUGGAGCACGAGAUCCUGCUGCACCCGCGCUACUUCGGGCCCAACCUGCUCAACACCGUCAAACAGAAACUCUUCACCGAGGUGGAGGGGACCUGCACCGGGAAGUACGGCUUCGUCAUCGCCGUCACCACCAUCGACAACAUCGGCGCCGGGGUGAUCCAGCCCGGCCGGGGCUUCGUGCUCUACCCCGUGCGCUACAAGGCCAUCGUCUUCCGGCCCUUCAAGGGCGAGGUGGUGGACGCAGUGGUCACCCAGGUCAACAAGGUCGGGCUGUUCACGGAGAUCGGGCCCAUGUCCUGCUUCAUCUCGCGCCACUCCAUCCCCUCCGAGAUGGAAUUCGACCCCAACUCCAACCCCCCCUGCUACAAAACCGUGGACGAGGACAUCGUGAUCCAGCAGGACGACGAAAUCCGGCUCAAGAUCGUGGGGACCCGAGUGGACAAGAACGACAUCUUCGCCAUCGGCUCCUUGAUGGACGAUUACCUGGGCCUCGUCAGCUGAGCACAAGGAGCAGCCGGGACCCCUCCCCAAUUGUGCCCCCCCCAAUUUCGUGUUGCCUCUCCCCAAAUUUUAUGUUCCUCCUCCCCGAUUUUGGGGGUUCGGGUGGUGGGGCCACCGCCAGAGCUGGGGGGGCUCUGCCUUUCUCCGCCAUAUUCCCAAUAAAAGCCUUUUUUCUCCCA